CCUCUAUCCGUCUCGUCUUCCCCACGAACCCUAGUAGAUCCCGAACCCCAAGUCGCUGGAUUCGGCCGCCGGCGGUGAGGCCGAGAUCGACGGCGGCGGCGGCGGACCGGUGCGCGUGGCCAUGUUCAGGCCUGAUGGUAGUCCGAUGCAGUUCGAAGCCUCGUCCGCUAGCAGGAGCAGGGGCAGGAUUUCGGCCUACGAAGGUGAGUCUCUUCCGUUGAUCGAUUGCCCGCAAUGCAAGAUUCCUGUGGUCAAGCUGCGAAGCAAGAAACGGGAAUCUUACGGGAUGGUCUUCUACAAGUGCCCAAACAACUUUCCGGAUGAUGACACUUGUGGCUACUACUGGUGGGAAGGUGCCUAUGUCAAGUAUUUGCGGACGAGGAGAAUGAAGGAUCUUGAAAUGGCCAAAGAACAUGAAACUGGAGAGCAAAAGAUGAUGGAGAUGAGACAGCAGCUUUGUGAACUGAAGAAUGAGAUGGAGGAGCUGAAGCAAAUGUGCCAGGGAAAAUCCUUUGUAGUGAGCAAUGCAGUCUUAGCAUCUGUAUGUGUGGGUGUUGUAUUUGGCCUAAUUUUGGGUAUGGUUUGGAAGUGAAACUUGAAUGUUGUUGCAAGUGAAACCUAAAUGUUGAUUCCAUGAAUGAAUUGUCCAUGCUGUGAUGGUGAA